ACUUGGAGUGUACAUAUUUAGAAGGAGCAGUUUCACUGGAGGUAUGCGGAUAAUACUACUUCUGGUGGUUAUAACUUCAAGGUUACUUAACAUCGCUGAAGCAUACUUUGGAUUCCCUUUAAUCACCAAACCAAAGGAGAUAUGGAGCGAGUUGUUGAUGGGGUCGAUCCAUCAGCGACCGGAAGCUCAAGUGUUUCCCGGUGAACAAUGUGAUCGUUCGUGUAGCUCUAGAGAACCACCGAGAAUAUGCUACUACAAGUGGAGUCUAGAAAGUUAUGCGUCUAUGGGAUCAGCUUGCUGGGAUUGCAUGCGUGGAAAUCGCACCCAUUGCUUCCACCCGCAGUGCAUUACAGGUAACGGAAUGGAACGUGGAAUGGUUUCCAUCAAUCGUAAGAUGCCAGGUCCCCCGAUUAUCGUCUGUCGGAACGACACAAUCGUAGUUGAUGUUUCCAACGACAUGGAAGGCCUCUCCUCGGCGAUCCACUGGCAUGGAUUCCAUCAGCGUGAAACACCCUGGAUGGAUGGUGUUCCGAUGGUUACCCAGUGUCCGAUUCCGCCAGGGACGACCUUUCGGUAUGCUUUCAAAGCGCGGGAAGCGGGUACCCAAUGGUAUCAUUCACAUUCGGGGUACCAGAAAGCCAACGGUCACAUUGGAGCUGCCGUCGUAAGGAAUCCUAACGAUAUCAACAGGGCCCUGUACGAUUUCGACCUAUCGGAGCACGUACUGAUGAUUUCCGACUGGACGCUGGAUUCGGUGGAACGAUGGGUCCCCGGGUUGCAAAGUUCUCAAAUGCAGGUUGACUCGGUGCUAGUGAAUGGGCGUGGUAGGUACAAGCGCAUCGAUUACGUUCCAUUGACGGUUUUCAGGGUGCAACCGGGGAAGCGGUACCGUUUCCGACUCAUCAGCGCUGGUAGUCAGUAUUGCCCGUUCCGAUUGCAGAUUGAAAAGCACCGAAUGAUGGUUAUUUCUACGGACGGGGGAGCAGUGAAGCCCCAUGUUGUGGAUACGCUGAUUUCGGUGUCCGGUGAGCGGUAUGAUUUUGUUCUUCAUGCUAACCAAACUGAAGGAAAUUACUGGGUUCGAGUACGCGGCAUCGCAUUCUGCAACAAAAUGCGUAUAGAAGGAUUUGCCGUGCUGUCGUACGCCGAUCCCAGUAUUCCAACCGAAGAUCUCAUGUACCCGGUGGACGAUCCGCCAAACUAUGACGAUGUGUUUCCACUGGGCAUCACUUUGAACCGUCACACCGCCCGUUGCUACACCCCAUAUGAUAACGAUACCUGUGCGGCCGAUCUGGAGACCCACGAGGUCCACCGAGACGAAGAGUUAAUUGCAGCGGAACCUGAUCAACGCUUAUACGUCGGGUUCGAUGUAAUUGAAUCCAACAACAGUUUACUAUUCUCCCAGCAAGGAUUCGUCCAUUUCAGCACUGUUAGGAAAGCUUUUAACGUUAUUGGAGUAACGAACAAUAUUAGCUUCACUUGGCCAAGCUUCCCGCUGUUGAUUCAACCGGAACUCAUUACUAACGAGAACCGACAGUUCUGUAAUGAUACACAUCUACCGGCGAGCUGCAAUGGGUACAGCAUUUGCAUUUGCACGCACAAAGUGAAGGUCAAUCUGGGUGACGUCGUUGAGGUGGUCCUGUUUGAUACUGCACUUUACCGUCAGGACUUCUACCAUCCGUACCACAUUCACGGAUAUCGUUUCAUCAUCACCGAUAUGGGCCGUCUGCCGGAGGAAGCGCUGGAUCGACGGUUGGACUACUUGCGAGAGAACAAGUUCACCCACAAACCCAACAGCCACAACCCACCGUACAAGGACACGAUAUCGAUCCCGAACCAAGGCUUUGUUCGGACACGCUUCAGGGCGAAUAAUCCCGGAUUCUGGUUAAUACACUGUCAUUUCGAAUGGCACCUGGGUACCGGCAUGGGUCUGGUUCUGCAGGUCGGCGAGCUGAAUCAACUGCCGAAAGCCCCGGCUGAUUUUCCCCGCUGUGGGAAUUUCAAAACGAAAUUGAGCGGAUUGGAUUAAUGAUGACAGCAGCAGCACCACGGGUCGUGGUGGGCAGCGUGCUGGGAUGUUUCCGAAACGCGCGCUGGUGGAGUACCUAUAGCAUCAGCCUUGGUUCCGAAGUGCUGUUUUGUUCCAUUCUGUUGAACCUGCAACAUACCUACAUACAAUUAAGUAAGGUCUGUGAUAGUAGACGAAAUAAACGAAAACUGUCCUUGGUGAGGAUGAUUUUAAUUAAA